GAUUUUUCUAGGCACGGAUGCGUUUAUCCUUCAUAUUGCGGUAGUUAUCAACAGCUCCCUGGUGGGAACUGGGUGCUGCAUAAGCAUGUGUGGAAGAGACCGUCCCCGUCCCAAGCAGCUAGUGAUGACAAAUGCAUUGGGAAUAGUUGCUGGAGGUUUCAAUCUCCCUCUAAUUUGGGGUAUAAAGGCAGGACCCCCCUCAAGGAGAUGGUCAGGAUAUCCAAGAAGCCCUGAACAGGUAGCGAUGAGGAUUGCGCCUGGCAAUCCAGGGGCCAUGUUAACCUUGAAAGCAGCUUGCCCGUGGAGCGGUGUUUAACGUUCACUUGCAUUGUCUCAUCCUCCUGCGCUAAGGCAAAAGGCUCGGGGCACGGCUGCCUACGCGCCCAAACGUGGCUGCGGAGAGCUUUGUUUUCGGAAGGACUCGAUGCAUGGGAAUUGGCGCUUAUGGGUUUGGCCUUGCCUCUGUCAGACGGGGUUUGCUGGUGCUGUCGGAGGGUGUCCGUGCCGGGAGGACUCUCUCUGCGGAAGAGGUUCAGCACAAUGAGUUGGCAUCCUGGGUGUUAGCAGCGUGAGGAGUCCAGGACGGGUGCUGCCGUGCUCACCCCUUACCCCCCUGCUCGUUCCCCUCGGGGAGACGGGUGCUGGCGUCCCUGCCCUGCCCUUCUGCCCCUUUCCCCCUACUGACUCUAGAGGGGACGGGCCCGUUAUGGCUGGGGACAGGCUCCCACGCAAGGUGAUGGACCCAAAGAAGCUGGCCAGCCUCUUGAGGAACGGAGCAGAGGGCACCCUGGUCAUCGACAGCCGCUCCUUCGUGGAGUACAACUCCUGGCACGUCCUCAGCUCCGUCAACAUCUGCUGUUCCAAGCUUGUCAAGAGGAGGCUCCAGCAGGACAAGGUCUCCAUCACGGAGCUCAUCCAGCCUGCCUCCAAGAUGAAGGUGGAGGCGGAGGAGCACCAGGACGUGGUGGUCUAUGACCAGAGCACACGGGACGUGACUGGCUUGGCCGCUGACAGCUUCCUCUCCAUCCUCCUGGGCAAGCUGGACAGCUGUUUCCACAGCGUCUCCAUCCUCACAGGAGGCUUUGCCACAUUCUCGUCCUGCUUCCCGGGCCUCUGCGAGGGUAAACCAGCUGCCAUCCUGCCGAUGAGCAUCUCCCAGCCAUGCUUGCCCGUGGCCAACGUCGGCCCCACACGCAUCCUGCCGCAUCUCUACCUGGGCUCCCAGAAAGAUGUUCUAAACAAGGACUUGAUGACGCAGAAUGGGAUAAGCUAUGUCCUCAACGCCAGCAACUCCUGUCCCAAGCCAGACUUCAUCUGUGAUAGUCACUUCAUGCGCAUUCCUGUCAAUGACAACUACUGUGAGAAGCUGCUUCCCUGGCUGGACAAGUCAAUUGAAUUCAUUGACAAGGCCAAGGUGUCCAGCUGCCAGGUGAUUGUGCACUGCUUGGCCGGGAUCUCCCGGUCAGCCACCAUCGCCAUCGCCUACAUCAUGAAGACCAUGGGUAUGUCGUCAGAUGAUGCUUACAGGUUCGUUAAGGACCGUCGCCCGUCCAUCUCGCCCAACUUCAACUUCCUGGGCCAGCUCCUGGAGUACGAGAGGAGCCUGAAGCUCCUCAAAGCCCUGAAGUCAAAGGGCGACCGGGGCGAGGGGGACGCCCAGCAAGACCCAGCAGAGGCGGCUGAGGGCAGCCGGCAUCCCCCACCACCUACCUCAGAGAAGGCCGAGGAGGUGCCGAGAGGCACUGGCUCGGUGUCCCCCCCCAGCGACCCCGAGCGGCAAGGUGGGACCCCGAAGGUCCUGUCGCCCACCACCCUGCAGCAGGGGCUCAACGGCUUGCACCUCUCCUCCGAGCGCAUCCAGGACACCAACCGCCUGAAACGCUCCUUCUCCCUGGACAUCAAGUCCGCCUACUCCCCCGGCCUGCGGCAGGACCCCCCCGGACCCCCUGGCCCCGGGGAUGCCCCCAAACUCUGCAAGCUGGACAGCCCCUCGGGCCCCGGCGGCCUCGGCCCCUUCUCCCCGGGGGUGGACAGCCCCGACCGGCCAAGCGGGCCCGACCUCCUGCUGGAGGCCAAGGUGAGGCAGCGGCGGAAGCACCGGCACCCGGCGGGCUCGCCCGCCCACGGGCUCAGCCUCAACGUUGGCGGGGCCUGCGCCACACGCAAGAGCCCCGGCGCCGAGGACGGGCUGCCGCCACGGCUCAGCCAGCCGGCCACCGCUCCCGGCACCACCACCGCCACCACCGCCGCCGCCGCCGCCGCCUGGAGUGGGGUGCACCUGGAGUCCCCCAGCACUCCCUCCGGCGAAGCCGGCUGGUACUUCGGCACGGACUCCGGCAGCGCCGGCGGGAGCGGCGGGAGCCUGUUUGCUGGCACCAGCCCGUAUCCACCGCCGUUCAGCUGUGGCAGCGUGGCAGGCGGCUGUGAGAUCAGACUGAGGGACAAGGUGCGGGCCGAGCCGCGGGACGGGCGGCACAGCUGGCACGAGGAGGCCGGCGCUGAGAAGCAGUUCAAGCGGAGGAGCUGCCAGAUGGAGUUCGAGGAGACCAUGUCCGAGGGCAGGGCCCGGGAAGAGCUGGGCAAAAUCAGCAAACAGUCCAGCUUUUCGGGCAGCAUGGAGAUCAUCGAGGUGUCCUGACACCCACCGGGGACGCCUGGAGAGUGGGGACAGAGAUGGGGCGGGGGGAUAUUUAAGCUGGGGGGAGAGGGGAGGGGAGGGGGGUGGCGGGGUUUUGGGGGAGUAUUUAUACCCGCGCGUGCAUUUUCGGGAGCGCACGCGCUGAAACCGAAGGAAAGGUGGAUGAGUCUUUCCAGAGUCGGGAAACAUAACGGCGGAUGCUUAGUGUCCCUCCUGCACCCACCCCGGUCCUUCCCCCCAUCCCCAGGGGGUCCCAGCCCUCGGAGACACACGCUCGAAAUUUGGGCAUAAAAUUCGAGCAGGAAGGGGCAGGGGUCGCAAUUUUGGCUGCGAGGAUGGGGCACAGCGCCUGUGGGGGGGGACCACGGCUGCCCCUUCCCUUCACCCAGCACUAAGCAUGCUCCCCUGUGUUUCUCUGGCUAAGUAUCCUAAAAAUGCUGCACUGGAGCAGCCCUAUACAUAUAUAAAUAUAUAUUAUAUAUAAUAUAAAGAAAGAAAAAAUGAAAACACACACACAAAGGAAAAGGUAAAUGGUUUUACUGCAAUUUUUAUUGAGACGUAAAUAAUAUUUCAAUUUUUUUGUUUUGUUUUUAAUUUAUUGAAGCUGUUCAUUCUGGCAAUGAUUUGCAGACAAUGUGGGGCGGUACUUUCAGCUCUAUUUUUACUGUGUAUGGUAUUUAAAUCUGAAAUACGAGUUUCUAAGCAAUAUCUGAGGCCUGUGGCUCCUUCUAUAGCUCAUGUCGAUGACAAAGAUUUUCCACCCCUUCCCUCUGGGCACAGCGACAAGGGGACAGGAGACUCUUCUGGGCACUUUUUCUAGAAACGAACAAGGGAACGAGCAAACCAUAAAACCUUCUUACAACACAAACUGAGCCAGAAAACUCUUCUGGAAGCUGCUGCCGCUUCUUCACCCCUUGGUCUCUGAUUAUCCUCAUCCACAUCCUGGCCAUCACCCCCAUCCCCGCCAUCAUCCCAUCCCAGCCAUUGUCCCCAUCCUGGCUGUCAUCCCAUCCCAGCCAUGCCCCCCUCCCCUCCCCUUGGGCUGCCCAUCCUCGCUGGAGAGGGUGAGGAGGGAGUCACCUGAAGCAGAGGAAGGGUGCCAGGUGCCACCUCCAGCUGCAUGGAGAAAGAGAAGGCAUCAGAGGUUGCUGCAGUGGAGGCAGGGAGGGGAGGCUGGUGGUAGUUGGGAUUUCUUGUCGGGGGGUGUCUUGCCUACCCACCCCAGCCCCUUGGCUCCCCCUUGCCUCAGCCACCUUGCUUGGGAGGUAUGGGCACCAUUUUCCAUGGUUUUUCAGGUUUCCCCCACCCUUUGCUUCACAUCCGAGAAACUCAUGGGGAGCAUGUUUGCAGGUGCUGGGACUCCCCCGGCCCUGUUCCCCUCUGGGCUGGCUCCCCUCCUUCCAGCAGGUGAUAAGCCAGCCGGACACGAAACUCUGUAAGCACAGGGAGGGCAUGACUGACUUAUUUUCAGAGGCAUUUGGCUGCUUCCCCCCAUCCCGGUGGGGAGCCAAGCUCUUGCCCCCAAACCCCAACAUCAGGCUUGCUGAGAAGCUGCUUUAUGGAGCUGUAGGCACUGAAAUGCCUCCGCUGCAAAGCACAUCUCUCCCUGCGGCUGUCUUUGCUUUCUCCCUCGUCUUGCGCUAGUUUGCAAAGCUAAUACCUCAGGGGUCUCCGUUCGUGCAUGUUUGUGUCCUGUGUCAUCCUUGGAGUAUUGUUUUUUUCUUUUCUGGGCCCACACGGUUUCUCUCCUUUUCCCCUGUUCCUCCUCUUGUCAUUCAUGUCUAUCUUUAAAUCAAACUACACGUGACAAAACCAAAUGAUCUCAGGUUUAAAACUGAACACAAAGCAGAGGCAUGAGGAGCUGCAAUCAUGUGAGGAGGGGCUGCUCACUUCAGCUGGUUGUUUCCUCAACCACCUCUGUGUCCGCAGUCGAGGCGAGUCUCCCUGGAGGCUCCUUGCUCUCUUCAGGCCAGCUUUAGUUUUCCUGAUUUUCCAUGGGGCCAUUCGGUGAGAUGCUGGGGACCCCCGCAUGCUCCUGCCUGGUUCUCCGAGGUGUGGCGGGGAGGGAGGGGGUGGCUGGCGAGCCAGGGACCACUUGCCUCUCUCCCCACAUUGCUUUUGAUGAGGGCGAGAGAUCUCACAGUCAUCCCUCAAAAGUCCACCGCCACCUAUCAUUGUCUCCAGCAACCACUUCAAACCAGCUCAGUGUUGCCAACCUGAACAUUUCUCCCUUCUGGCCAUGAAAGGAUGAAGACACUAUUUUCUAAGCUCUCUUUUUAGAUUCCAAUAAGCGUUUGGGUCCAUCCUGUGAGGCAGGCAGCUAUUCAGGAGCUGCACUCGCAGCAGGGUCUCCUAAAUGGGCAUUGAUAUCAAGUCCAAGGAGGGAGGGAAAAAGGCUUCAUCCUCCCUCCGGUAAGCCACCCAAGCCCAGGGUUAGUGUUGCCUGCCUCCUGCCCAAGCAGCGCUGCUGGUCCCUCUUCCCCUCCUGCUGCCCUCAGCAGUGGCAUCUCUUCCCAAGCACGCCAGGGGUCAUUGCCUGCUGAUCUCUGCUCCGUAUUGCUCAGUUCCUGCCCAUCCCGUAGUCCUCCAGGGUUGGUGCCAGCACAGAUCAGCUGAGCUCAGGUCAGGCACGUUGCUGGCAGGAGCUGGUUAGGUGUAGCUUUGGGCAAUGGAGAGGGGGCUAGAUGAAUUCCCAAGGGAUUUAAUAAGAAGAGGACAACAGGUUGCCACAGCCAGGUGGGGAGAUGAGACAAGGUGCUGGCAAGCUCUCGUGUAACUCAUCUCGUUAGCUGACACAGUGCGUUAUGAGUACAAAAAGCAGCUGGAGUAAGUCAGGAAGGAGAGGGCACGUGUUGUGAAUGAGACUCUGAAUGUCUGCAAAGAAGCAGAUAUGUGGUUUGCUUUUUGUCAUCUCCACUCUGCCAUCCCCUGGAUGCUCCUCAGCCAUGUUUAAGCCUUUAGGCGCUAUGGACUCCUCUCUCCUCUGAAACCAGAGCAAAGAGAAGUAGAUUUUAAGAUUAGCAGAUCAUAACUGCCAAGAGAUAUUCAUGACCCAUCUCUGCAGCCUUAUUUUGAUGUACUUUGCAUUCAUCCUUCCCCUUUACAUUGGGCAUGUGCGCUAGAAGCCCUCUUUUGUGCAAUAUUUUAAGGCUACAUCCAGAAAAUAAGCUUUGAUGGAGCAACCCUGCCUGAGUGUCUCCUGCCAGUGCUGACCCAAAGCCAUCAGGGUCACUGAGUGCAUUGCAAUUAACUUAAAUUAUUUUUUAAAAAUCAGACUCUGUCUAAUAGACCAUUUUGUCCAUGAAUCAGAGACUGUGAGCUACCAUGAGGAUGGAUGUGCCAGCUGGUACCCUUCCCCAUCAUGUGUCAGCCAAGUCUUUUUAUGGGGUCUCACAGCCAGAUGACCCAACCCAAAGCCUCACUGGAACCAAAAAUUGUCUUUCCAUGCUGAUCUGAUGAGGAUGCAUUUAUUCGUAGGGAUCUAUAGAGGCAGAAAUGUGAGCAGAGGAGAGGAAAGCUCCCUCCUUUCAAGGGAGGAACCAACAAAGCUGUUGAGUGCCCAACAGUUGCGGUGGUGGCAAUGGCUGAGCUUUCCACCACAUAAAGGACAGAGCAAACCACAGCUUUUCUUCAGGCUAGAAGGGACAUUGCACCUUCCCCUCCAGCCCUUGCCUGUCCCUGGGGCUGAGCCCCCCAGCCACCUCCUUCCGGGCUGCCUUUUGGGGGAAUGAGCGAAGCCGGCAGGGGGGCAGUGAUCAGGUCAGCAACACUGAGCCAGAGGCUUGAGUCGGAGCAGGCUCAUCCCCAGCCUCGGCAGCAGCAUCCCCAGCCCCUGCUGCCUUCCCAGCCCUUCUCUUUGUCUGCUUGUUUCUUUGGACGUCCAUUCCUGUUACAUCUGCCCCUUAGGAGAUGAUGCCCCCCAGACCCCCCUCCUGUUGUCCCCUUCCCCCUCCCACCCUUAAUACUAAUGAUAAUAAGCUAUCAGUGUUGUCAUUGCAAUCUAUGAAUGAUAGAUUUGAGUAUUUAUGAUUAUUAUUAUGAUUAUUAUGGUUAUGAUUCUGUACUUUUUUGCUUCUUACUCUUUGUACGUUGCUCUUUGUUUCUCUGUUGUGAAUAAACGCAAGGCCCCAUCACACCUUCUCUCUGCUCCCCGCGGCCCAGCUGAGGCUGUGCUUGGCCCAGCUCCUGGCUGUCCCAAGCCCCAAGAGGCAAACCCUUGUCAGAGGAGCUGGAGGGUGGUGCUUCCUAAGGGUAUAAAGACACCCAAACCUGGGGCAGAUCCACUCUCUUAACUCUUCCCUUCCCUUUCUGCAGCUCCUCUCUCCUGUACAGGUGCCCGCUUAUGUUUGCAAGAGGCAGAAACCCACUGGCACCAAGAACGGAAAAUUAAAUGGCAAAACCUUAAAGCUUUUGUAACAGCUUUAAGGAAUGUUGGCCAGGCAUCUAGCUCAUGGAGUCAGCUCCCUCCAGGUUGUGGUCCUCUCACCUUCUUCUGCUGGCUGCACCUACAGGCUGCACCUUUACCCACAGGAGCUUCUUGCUCUGCCAUCGCAGGUGGUUUGCGAAGCUCCCCCUGCUCAGCCAAACCCAUGCACUGGUACCCCGUUUUAGCCAGGUGCCCUGGGCUUUCUUGGUUUGAGUGUCCUCCGCAUGCCGGUGAGGUUGCCCUGCCUGGGGACAGCAUCACCUGGGGAGGACACGUGGCCAGUGUUAGAGCAAGACCAGCGGCAGAGCAGCAAGGAGAGAUGUGAGCGGCCUCCGGUACCUGGAGGGAUUCAGAAAGGGGCUGGGAAUGGCUUUCAACAUGGGACUGGAUACGGCCUUUAUCCAACACUGAUAAAUCGGGGUGUCAUAAGUGGACAGAGUCCAGUGCUGCUUUUUCGCGCCCAUCACUUGGGCUCCUUGUAUAACCUGGAGGUUUCCAGAUGACUGUAAGGUGAAGGAGGAGACAUUAGGGGAAGGGAAGAGGAAUCCCGUCUGUACCGCGGUACGAAACACUCUCUGUACUGCGCCAGCCCCAUGAGGAGUCAUUUUAGUUUGCGGAGUUUAACACCAUCCUUCUCCGAGUGGCCUGGGCACGGUCUCUUGUCUCUGUUGUGACUUUGCUUCACCGUGGGUUGGGGUCCUUCUCAUCAUGCUUUGCUGAACUCAUUUCCGAGGUUGCUCUGAGGCCGCACCGGAGAGCAGAGAGCUCAGGUCUCACCCCUCUCUCAGGGGACCCUGGCAGACCCCCGUUGGGGUCCUGGUCCGGCGUCACCCUUCCUACCUCACCUGCCUUUGGGGCAGCCAUGGACGGGGAGGGAACAGGCAGGUCCCAGCCACGCUGGGGCUGAGCCCCCUCAGCUCCUGCCCCUGUCCCUGCAGGAUCAGGCCCUUCCUCAGCAAGCACAACACGGGGACGGGGUCUGCACCCACACUGGCGUACCUAGGGACUCCCGAGCAGGGAAGAGAGGCUCUGGCCAUCAGCCCUACCACACUCCCUUCCUUGCUGCCCAUUCGGCCAGUGCCAGCGUUGGAGCCAGGGAGCCACCCUGCCCCUGCCUCGUCUUUAUUUAUUUAUUACCAGAGGCUGUAAACAGCAGUGCUUUUCUACCCUCUACUUUCUUUUCCUUUCUUUUGUAUUUUGGAACAACGUGUUGUAAUAAAUACCCAAAUAGGUGUUUUAA